AUGCGGAAUAAAAUCAAUGUAUCAAACAAAACUUUUUGCCUAUCGUUGCUUGAUCAAGUUUUGUCAACAACUUAUUUGUUAUUGGACCUGAUUCUUAGCCGAUCCAAGCCAGCGGGUGAUACCCGAGGUAGCAGCAGUGGCUCAGCUAAGAAAACCUUUCCUGAACUUGAAGAUUUUAUCCUCAAGAGGGAUUAUAUUGGAGCUAUAACUAUGCUAGAGUUCCUGAAACACGAGGGCAACGUAGACGUAUGGGUGUCCGUGUGGUCGGCAUGGUGCUGGUUCCACCUGGGGGAGUACAAGCGCGCGCUGGACGAGUAUCUCGAAGUGAAGACGAGAGAGAUGUUGGACGCGCGAGUUGCUGACAACGUGGCUCUUGAUCUUGCUGUUUGCUACUUCUAUUUGGGCAUGUACAAAGAAUCUCAGGAUACGGUAGAAAAUGCGCCCAAGUGUCCACUUAAGUGUCGCCUCCAAUUUCAUCUGGCACAUAAACUAGGGGAUGAGGAGGCUCUGAUGCAAUCGCAUGCAAUGUUGCGCGACGUGCCCGAAGACCAGCUCAGUUUGGCGUCUGUGCACUACCUGCGUGCACAUUAUCAGGAGGCUAUCGACGUUUAUAAGAAAAUGCUCUUAGAGAGACGUUACAAAAGAUACGAAAAUGAAGACACAGAUUGGGUGAAAGUUUUACCGCAUAUUCCUAGCACCUACAUGGCAUUGAAUGUCUACGUAGCGCUAUGCUACUACAAGCUGGACUACUACGAUGUCUCCCAGGAGGUGCUAGGUGUGUAUUUGGCGCAGAAUCCCACCUCAACUGUUGCUGGGAACCUGAAGGCAUGCAAUCUCUUCAGGUUAUACAAUGGCAAGGCAGCUGAAAGUGAACUGAAACAAAUAUCUUCGGACCAGCACACUUUUGGACAAGAUUUGGUGAAGCAUAAUCUUGUCGUUUUCAGAAAUGGAGAAGGUUCUUUGAAAGUGCUUCCAGAACUCGUAGAUGUUGUGCCAGAAGCCCGGCUGAACCUGGCUGGUUACCGACUCCGUCACAGAGAACCCCUGGAAGCUCGUACGUUACUUGAGCCCCUCCAGCCUACCUCACCACUGCAUUACAUACUAAGGGCCGUGGUGGCUGUGCGGCUUUAUAACGAGACUGGGGAUGAGGAGCAAUUGAAACUAGCACAGCAGAGUUUCCACCUCGUCGGCAGUUCGGCUUCAGAAUGCGACACGAUACCCGGACGUCAGUGCAUGGCCUCUUCCUACUUCCUCGCGGGGCAGUUCGAGGAAGUGCUGGUCUACCUCAACUCUAUCAAGAGCUUCUUUGUCAAUGACGAUACUUUUAACUUCAAUUACGCUCAGGCCAAAGUAGCAACAGGCUUUUACCGCGAGGCAGAGGAGAGUCUCUUGGCCAUCCAGGACGAGUCCAUGCGAAACUCCUUCACUUAUCUGGCCUGCCUUUGCCGCUGCCAUGUCAUGAACAAGGAGGCUCACCACGCCUGGGAGAUUUGUGUUAAGUCCGCUGGUACUCCGGACAGCUUCGCGCUGUUACAACUGGUGGCAAACGACAGCUAUCGCAUGGGACAGUUUCUAGUGGCUGCCAAAGCUUUCCACAUGCUUGACAGGUUAGACGGUGGUCCGGAGAUGUGGGAAGGCUUACGCGGGGCAGUGUGCGGAUGUGCACAGCUGGCUGCAGCGAAUGCCCCGAACGCUACAGUGCAAUUGCGUGAUGCGAUAGCCUUGCUGCGUGGACCGGGAGCGCACCCGCGUGCAGAACAUAUAGCGCGACCCAUCGUGAGGUGGGCGCAGCAAAAUAGGAUACCAGUGUAA